CUUGGUGGGCCGUUUCCAGUCUCGGUUUACACAGUCAUCAGUUAAAGGAGGAGUUUCAACCCAUUCUGGGUGUACAUACCUUGAGAUUUCUGACACAGAAUUCGAGUUCUUAGAACGAGAAGAAGCUUCUUAGAACGAGAAGAAGCUUCUUAGAACGAGAAGAAGCUAACGGUAGUCAUUCUUAGAAUCUCGGGCACACUGGUAUCACGCAGACUUUAUUUAUUUAUUUAAGAUAACGGACCUGAACAGACGAUCAUCAUGACUGUCGUUGGCUGCAACAAGUGUAUCAAAUUCAUGCUGUUUUUCUUUAAUUUCGUUUUCUGGUUGGCUGGAGGUGUGAUCUUGGGAGUGGCUCUAUGGCUUCGUCAUGACAACCAGACCAGCAGUCUCCUCAUGCAGCAGUUUGAAGGCCAGCAGGCUCCAAACACCUUCUAUAUCAGCGUGUACAUCCUGAUUGCUGUGGGAGCUGUGAUGAUGAUUGUAGGGUUCCUUGGUUGCUACGGCGCCAUCCAGGAAUCUCAGUGCCUCCUUGGAACGUUCUUCUUCCUGUUGGUGUGCCUUUUCGCCUGUGAGGUAGCUGCUGGGAUCUGGGGAUUUAGUAACCGAGACACAAUCUCCAAGGAGAUGAUCAACUUCUACGAUGCGGCGUACAUCAAGUCAGUGGACAUCGUAGACUCUUCCAGCAAAACAGCUGCUAUCAAAGUCCUGGAGGUGUUCCACGAGACACUGGACUGCUGUGGUAAAGGAGAUGACUCCCCCUUAUUCAAACAAGUAGCCGGAACUCUGUGUCCCAAGAAGACCCAGAACGAUGCCUUGUUGAAACCUCAGAGCUGUCAUCUGAAGCUGAAGGACCUGUUCUCUGAGAAGCUCUGCCUGAUUGGUCUAGCUGCCCUGGUGGUCGCUGUCAUCAUGAUCUUUGAGAUGAUAUUCACCAUGGUUCUCUGCUGUGCGAUCCGCAACGCCACCCCGGUGUACUAGAACCACAGAACCGUAAUAGAACCAUAGAACGACGGAACCAUGGAAUCAUAGAACCACAGAACCAUAUUGGAGGGGGAAAGUCCUCUACAGAUCAAAGCCAACAAAGGGGAUACAAAUGUUAUGUUAUGUUUUGUGUUGUAGUUCCUGUUAUGUUUUGUGUUGUAGUUCUUUUUAUGUUUUGUGUUGUAGUUCUUUUUAUGUUUUGUGUUGUACUUCCUUUUAUGUUUUGUGUUGUACUUCCUUUUAUGUUUUGUAGUUCCUGUUAUGUUUUGUGUUGUAGUUCCUGUUAUGUUUUGUGUUGUAGUUCCUGUUAAGUUUUGUGUUGUAGUUCCUGUUAAGUUUUGUGUUGUAGUUCCUGUUUUGUCUUGUACUUCCUGUUUUGUGUUGUACUUCCUUUUUUGUGUUGUAGUUCCUGUUAUGUUUUGUGUUGUAGUUCCUGUUAAGUUUUGUGUUGUAGUUCCUGUUUUGUCUUGUACUUCCUGUUUUGUGUUGUACUUCCUUUUUUGUGUUGUAGUUCCUGUUAUGUUUUGUGUUGUAGUUCCUGUUAAGUUUUGUGUUGUAGUUCCUGUUUUGUCUUGCACUUCCUGUUUUGUGUUGUACUUCCUUUUUUGUGUUGUAGUUCCUGUUAUGUUUUGUGUUGUAGUUCCUGUUAUGUUUUGUGUUGUAGUUCCUGUUAUGUUUUGUGUUGUAGUUCCUGUUAAGUUUUGUGUUGUAGUUCCUGUUUUGUCUUGUACUUCCUGUUUUGUGUUGUACUUCCUGUUUUGUGUUGUAGUUCCUGUUCAUUCUUAUUAUAUUGCAGGAUCAUGUACAUUUUUAUAUGUACAUUUUAUAAGUACAUUUUUAUCAGUAUUUUUGAAUAGAGACUAGAUUUUACAACAGUAUUUUUGUUAAUUAUGUUUGAACAAUACUUCUAAUAUAACAGUUUGAGUCUUUUGAUGACCGUUGAUUAAAUGCCAGGCUUUGACCAGCGGACAUUUAGCAUCGCUCUAAUGCUAAAUUUUUCACUAAUAGAUUUUUUUUAUUACUUUGAAUCACUUUGUAUCUUUUCGUGAAAGACAUCUCCAAGGUUGAAGAGUUCAGUGCUCUUUUUUAUGGUUGUAUAAUCUGUAGAUAUUCAUUGAUCCAAAAUGGUACCUUAUUCCCGUCAUAGUGCACUACUUUUCCCAGGAUCCAUAGGGCUCAAAUGAACAGUAGUGCACUACUUUUCCCAGGAUCCAUAGGGCUCUAGUGAACAGUAGUGCACUACUUUUCCCAGUGUCCAUAGGGCUCUAGUGAACAGUAGUGCACUACUUUUCCCAAGGUCCAUAGGGCUCUAGUGAACUAUAUAGAGAACUACUUGGGACACACCCUGGAUUUCAUUAGUGGUUAGGCAACGCUUGAAGUGGAAUAAAAAAGGUGCACACACA